AUGCAGAUGUCUCAUAGCGCAAGUUCUUCAACAAUUGAGUACAAGAACGAGAAAGGUGUCCUGUGUAUUUGUAAGGGGCUAGCAAAACAUUUUCAAGCUUGGACAUAUGAAAACCCAGGACGCAGAUUAUAUGCUUGCAAAGGUCGCAGGGCUGGUCACGGGUAUGAGCAAUGCAAUUUAUUUGGUUGGUAUGAUGUAGAGAAACCACAUGGGUGGCAAUAUCUAGCUUUGUUGGAGGUAAGAGAUACAAUGCGAGUGCAAAAAAAGGAGAUUAGGAACUUAAGGGAGGCGGUAAGAGCUCUGACUCAUGAGGCUGAAAUGAAGAUGGAAGAUCCAAUUUCAUUAGUGGAUGAGUUGAAGGAUAAGCUAAAACAAACUCGUAAAGAAUGUGAGGCUCAGGAGCGAGAAGUCUUAAUACUAAACAAGAGGAGUAGAGUUUUCCGUAAUGUGUUGAUAUCUUCAUCGGUUGGAUUUACUCUGGUAGUCGGAGUAAUGAUGGUGAUGUGGAAGUAG